GCGGAGCGCGGGAGGAGGCGGGGGUGGAGAGGCCCCCGGACCGCGAGCGACAGCUGGGGAGGGGGCCGCGGAGCCGGAGCGCGAGAAACAGCUGAUCCGAUUUUCCUUAAAGCGAGAGAAAAUGGAAGUCGGGUAGCUGUGACUGAGGCGCUGCGGGCUGGCCGAGCGGAGCGGCACAGCGCGGCAGAGUUCUCAGGGGCUGUGAUCUCAUGCCAUUCACUGGGGCAAUAAUGGGCCAUUUCCAGCAGGGACGAUGCCGCGUUGCCCCCAGUGCCUAACUGCCACCCACCUCCAGAGAAUCUCAGUGUCUGAAAAGUGGCAGUGACCAAAGAAGAGGCUCUCCUGGCCGAGGCCCCAGUACAUGGAGAGAAGGAAGACAGCAAUCUUCUAAUUGGAGCCACAUACAUUAGAUGGAUGGUUUCUAGCCUGCUUCCAAACCCCACCUCAGCUGAGUGUUGGGCGGCCCUUCUACACGAUCCUAUGACUCUUGAUAUGGACGCAGUCCUGUCAGACUUUGUUCGGUCCACGGGGGCAGAACCUGGUCUGGCCAGAGACCUGCUGGAAGGCAAAAACUGGGACCUGACGGCCGCUCUGAGUGACUAUGAGCAGCUCCGACAGGUGCACACAGCCAACCUGCCGCCUGUGUUCAACGAGGGCAGGUGCCCCAAGCAGCCCGAGCGAGAGCACCCCCCACCUGCGCACACGGCCGAACGGCCCUGCCCGCCCAGGCAGGACGACAUCGCCCAAGAGAAGCGACUCUCGCGCGGGAUCUCCCACGCCAGCUCAGCCAUCGUGUCCCUGGCGCGGUCCCACGUGGCGAGCGAGUGCAGCAGCGAGCAGUUUCCACUGGAGAUGCCCAUCUACACGUUCCAGCUGCCGGACCUGAGCGUGUACAGCGAGGACUUCCGGAGCUUCGUAGAGCGAGACUUGAUCGAGCAGGCGACAAUGGUGGCUCUGGAGCAGGCGGGUCGCCUGAACUGGUGGUCCACCGUGUGCACGAGCUGUAAACGGCUUCUUCCUUUGGCCACGACAGGGGAUGGGAACUGCCUUUUACACGCUGCCUCACUGGGUAUGUGGGGCUUCCACGACCGGGACCUGGUUUUGCGGAAAGCUCUCUACACCAUGAUGAGGACGGGGGCCGAGAGGGAGGCCCUGAAGCGAAGAUGGAGGUGGCAGCAGACGCAGCAGAACAAGGAGUCAGGGCUGGUGUACACAGAGGAAGAGUGGGAGCGAGAGUGGACAGAGCUGCUGAAGCUGGCCUCCAGCGAGCCACGCACGCACAUCAGCAAGCACGGCGGCUCGGGCGGUGGCAUGGACAACGCCGAGGACCCUGUGUACGAGAGUCUGGAGGAGUUCCACGUUUUCGUCCUUGCCCACAUAUUAAGGAGGCCCAUCGUCGUUGUAGCAGAUACGAUGCUGAGGGACUCAGGCGGGGAAGCAUUUGCUCCAAUCCCCUUCGGAGGGAUUUACCUGCCCUUGGAGGUGCCUCCCAACAGAUGCCACUGCUCACCUCUGGUUCUUGCCUACGACCAAGCGCAUUUCUCUGCCCUUGUGUCCAUGGAGCAGAGAGACCAGCAGAGAGAACAAGCCGUGAUCCCCCUGACGGAUUCAGAGCACAAGCUGCUGCCUCUGCACUUUGCGGUGGACCCCGGGAAGGACUGGGAGUGGGGGAAAGACGACAAUGAUAACGCCCGGCUGGCCCACCUGAUCCUGUCGCUAGAAGCCAAGCUGAACCUUCUGCACAGCUACAUGAAUGUGACGUGGAUCCGGAUCCCCUCUGAGACCCGGGCCCCUCUGGCGCAGCCGGAGUCCCCGACGGCCUCGGCGGGGGAGGACGUGCAGUCCCUGCCCGACUCGCUGGACUCGGACCGCGACUCGGUGUGCAGCAACUCCAACAGCAAUAACGGCAAGAAUGGCAAGGACAAGGAGAAGGAGAAGCAGCGCAAGGACAAGGACAAGACCCGCGCGGACUCUGUGGCCAACAAGCUGGGCAGCUUCAGCAAGACGCUGGGCAUCAAGCUGAAGAAGAACAUGGGCGGCCUGGGCGGCCUGGUGCACGGCAAGAUGAGCCGCGCCAACUCCGCCAACGGCAAGCACAGCGACCCGCCCGAGCGCGGCAAGGAGAAGAAGGCCAAGGCGCGCAAGGGCAGCAAGGAGGAGUCGGGCGCCUCGGCCAGCACGUCGCCCUCGGAGAAGACCACGCCGUCGCCCACGGACAAGACGGCGGGCGCGUCGCCGGCCGACAAGGGCGGCGGGCCCCGCGGCGAUGCCUGGAAGUACAGCACGGACGUGAAGCUGAGCCUCAACAUCCUGCGCGCCGCCAUGCAGGGCGAGCGCAAGUUCAUAUUCGCCGGCCUGCUGCUCACCAGCCACCGGCACCAGUUCCACGAGGAGAUGAUCGGCUAUUACCUGACCAGCGCGCAGGAGCGCUUCAGCGCCGAGCAGGAGCAGCGGCGCCGCGAUGCCGCCGCCGCCGCCGCCGCCUCCACGGCCAAGCGGCCGCCGCGCAGGCCAGAGGCCGAGGGCGCGCCGGGCCCGGAGCGCGCCUCGCCGGGCCCGCCGGCCGGGCCUCCCACGCAGCUGGUGCUCAAGCUCAAGGAGCGCCCGAGCCCCGGGCCAGCGGCGGGCGCGCGGGCGGCGCGGGCAGCGGCGGGCGGCGCGGCCUCCCCGGGCCCCGGCGGCGGCGCGCGACGCGCGGGUGCCAGCGGACCGGUCCCGGGCCGCAGCCCCCCGGCGCCGGGGCGCCAGAGCGUCAUCCACGUGCAGGCGGCGGGCGCGCGGGACGAGGCGUGCGCCCCGGCCGUGGGCGCGCUGCGGCCGUGCGCCACGUACCCGCAGCAGAACCGCUCGCUGUCGUCGCAGAGCUACAGCCCGGCUCGCGCCGCUGCCCUGCGCACCGUCAACACGGUCGAGUCGCUGGCGCGCGCCGUCCCAAUAACCCUGCCCGGCGCGGCGGGGGCGGCGGGCGCGGCCGAGCCCAAGUCGCAGACCUACACCAACGGCUUCGGCGCGGCGCGCGACGGCCUGGAGUUUGCCGACGCCGACGCGCCGGCCGCGCGAUCGAACGGUGAGGGCGGCCGGGGCGGCCCCGGCGCGGGGCCGGCGCAGCGGCGCUGCCAGCGCGAGAACUGCGCGUUCUAUGGACGCGCAGAGACCGAGCACUACUGCUCGUACUGCUACCGCGAGGAGCUGCGGCGGCGGCGCGAGGCGCGCGCGGCCCGGCCCUGAGCGCGCGCCGCGGCCCCGCCGGCUGGGCUGUCCUCUCCACGCUGUUGGUGUCUCCUCCGCGCCCUGGUCCACCGGGAGGCCGGCGAUCCUCUGUCCGUGCUGUGUACGUGUUUGGUCAAACGUUCCUAAUGGUGCCUGAACCUACACUGACGCCACUCAGGUAGUAGACGGAUAGGAAACAAGUCAUACUGUUGGAAGUGGGUGUGCUAGCUAGCAUCUGCCUCGUACCUGUGGAAACUCAAUAGCCAUUGCAAGGGUAUUUUUGUUCUUCAAUAAGAGAAAUAAAGAAAUUUGCAGCCCUUUGUUUUUAGAAGGGAGUGUUUUACAUGCCUUUUUUUUUUUUUUUUUUUUCUUUUUUCCCUAACCCGGCGACUGACCUCUUCCAUGUAGCGGUCACCUGCGUGCGAUUGUUGCCACCUAGGGUUUCGAAGCAAACGCGCGGCCCCGGGACCGCGGUGGCGGCUCUGCCUCGGGCUCCCACCUGUGCCCCUCCCGGGUCCCUGGAGGACAGGGCGGUUGGCCUCCCACUGGCGCCCUGGUGGUCCCUGUGACCCUUUAGGAAUACACGGCUCCAUCUCAUAAGCAAAACCUCCUCCCACAGUCCCCGGCUCGAGCGACAUUCACACUGCCAUCAAAGUCGCGGGCGUCUGUAGGAUGGGCACCGGACAACCUACCUCGCAGGGCGCGGUGAGGUGUAGCGAUCACUCCCGGUGCCGGGCAGCUCAGGCGACAGGAGCUUUCCAAAGACACCUUGGGGCCCAAAGGCAAGGUUCCGAACUCACAAUUUGGAGUUGACCAUAUAUGAGCAAAGAUGACAGCCUGCUCACAUUUCUCCUUCGAAGACACUUCCUCAAUGCUCUGUCACCAGAGUGGCCCCUAGGAAGCGACCAUCGGUGCCCCAGGAGAGAGGCGAGAACUUGACCCUGCGGUCACUGUGUAAGCCCCCUCUAGGCCGCCCUGAAACCCGGCCUGCGCCUCUUUCCAGAGGGGAGGGGCUGAGGGCCGCCGGGAAGGAAGCCCACCCCCACCUCCCCCUCCACCCGCAUCUGUCUGGGAUCAGCCAGGUGGAGGGGCACCGCUCCCAUCGGGGUCCCCUCUGCAGGGUGCGGGUAACCCUGACUGUGGCUCCGGAGCACAUGAGGGGCAGCCCCAUCCCUGAGCAGUCCCUAUUUUGGUGCCUCCUUACAUUUCUUGAGGAAAAAAUAAUGUGUCCUUAGCUACCCUGUUCUGAGCAGCAAUAUGCAGCGUCUUCCUUCCAAGAUUACCUCUGGAGAAUACCGUUCUUGGCCAAGGACACUGAGGCGUUAAACCUGCCUCACUAAGGAAAGAUCUCGUUUCCAAGAAAUACAGAUACGAUGGGUAAAAUCCUCACUAGCAAAAGAAUCCUUUAAAACCUGUGAGAGCCUUAGAAUAGCCUCUAAUAAUCCCAAGAAAGAGAGGAGAAAGCACCCAGCUUCUCUGUGGGUGUAUCUUCAGAAAACACAGGAGGUAGACCAUCUCUUCAUUGGCGCCAGCUUCUCCUUCUCCAGAAAGGAUGCUUUCCCCCGAGAUAAAGAGCAGAAAAAAAAAUAUAUAUAUAUAUGGAAGGGGAUUUUUGUUUUUACUUGUUUGAAGAAUUAUUGAUAUAAUAAACUAAUUUGAGUAUCUCCUGUGAGUAAUUUCUUUUUGUUUUUAAUUGUCCACAGCACGUGGAGUUUUCAGUAAUUUAUUCAAGGUUUACAUAAGUGGUUCCUUAAAAUUAUUUAUUAAAUAGGAUCUUAAAUUUUUCGAAAGUUUUACUUUUCGUGCUAAACGAUACUUUCAGUGUGUGGUAAUUACUAACAUUCAUGUCCUUCAUAUUACUGGGGUUUCUUUUGUUAAAAAAAAAGUAGUUUUUAAAAAUUCUCUCCUCAAGAGGGUUUGUGGCAGCUUUUUGGACUGAUUCUUCACGUCAUGCUGACCAGCUGCUUUGCCAUCCAAAGCUGUGAGGUCACAGGAAAUAAAUAUGGCUUCACGUGUAGACGCCAGUUCCUGCCCUGCAUCUCACAGAAGGUGGAACAGCCAGCCUGGAAAAUGCUCCCCUGCGCAUUCAGAAACCAAACACACACGCACAAGAAGUCAAGGAGGCAGAAAGUAAUCUCGUGUUUGUUUUUUAAUUUUUUUAACAUGAAAACAGCCAACCAGAAAUUUCCAAAACUGGCUGUGCAAAUAUUUUAU